GUUGACAACCCUAGCAUCUGGACAACCAAAGGCAAGAGAAGAGGAAGGUUGACAACCCUGCAGGCUACUCGUGCACCCGUUCAAAUUGAAAUGACAAAAUCCGUUACUGUUGUGAUAGGUACAACAUCGUCAACAUCCAUGUCAUCCAUCGUUCUCUGUUCGUAGAUUUAAUUCGAAAAAAAAUUUAUCGAGAGAUUUUCGUACGAAAAUGAAUCCUCAUCAUGCGCCGGAAGGUGGUAAGCCAGAUGCGGACGGGCCUCGUUACAGCAUGCUACUUGCCCCGUUCCAACCGGCGACAAGAAUCGAACUGGAGACCAAGAUAAACACCGACGUAGAGUGCUAUUUAGACGUGAGGAACGCUGGCGAUAAGACACUAAACGUAUGCGUAACAAAGCUACCGUCUGUUGAACGUCGGAUCGUCCUAAGCUUGUCCAAGCUAGAGAUUCAAGGGAACAGCAGCGGGACAAUACAUAUGAAAUGGUCACCCAGAGAGGCGGGAUGUUGGCGAGAUGUAUUGCAACUUACCGAUAGUAGACGAAUUAAGUAUGACAUUAUUGUAGCGACGACUGCCAAGGAUGACAACAAAAACAACAAGACGAGAAGAAGGCUGAGACCGGCUGUAUCAAACUUCUCGAAUCUUUCGAGAAGUUUGUCGACUGUAAACAAACAACAGCAAAACAAACAAGUAAAACAAUCCAAAUAUGAGAAUAAUAAAGAGAACAUCUUAAACAGAAAUAAUGAAGCAAAGACGAUUUAUGUGUCGCGAGCAAAAGACGACGAGACUCAACAUAGCGGGACGCACGAUAAACUAGAACAUAUCUUGUGCGAGCAAAAUAUGAAUGUGUGGAGCGACGGUAGCCUCCUGCCGCAGGUCUUGCUUGCCUCGAACGUGCCGCAGGAUAUACGUCGGGCCACGUAUAUUAAGGAGAGAAGACCCUGCAGCAAUAUUCUGUACGAGCACAGUGAAGAAGUCGAUGAGAAUGCGGAAUGCGGCAGCGGCAAGGCGCAGUCCGACUUUUCCAUACUUCUGAAUAAAUUUACGUUCACGUCGACGGAUGUAGUCGCGAGUUCCCCGGAGCCGGCGAGAAGGGAAUCGACGGAGUCCACGGCUUCGCAGGCCGUGGACAAGCACAGAACGUUCAAUAUCAGCCGCAGUCAAGUCUUUGAGACGUCCGCAAUUUACGACGCGAAGACUUCCGUUGAGGCACCGACUUCUGUAUUACAACCGGCGGGCUUGCACAAUUUAUCGCCGAUCAAGCCCAACGGAUGCCCCCUCGACAUCAAGGAUUUGAUUUCGUCGUCGCCGAUUCAAUUUCAACAUCACUUUUCAAUACCGAAGGAUUCCAAUGGAUACGCCAAGCAUUUUACGGUGGACAUUGACUCGAGUAUCCAAACGACCAAUUGCGAAUACUACAGCUUCGAGGUGCUUCCUAGGAACGUCGAGGCGGCCAAGAAGACGGGAGAAAUGUAUAUCGAGAUCUCUCCGCCGAAGAAGCACUUCCACUCUAAGGUGUUAUCUAUGUCGGUAUCGAAAUUCAGCGGCGCGAGAACCGGCAGAGUGACGAAGAACAGCACCUUGCGCGACGAUGGGAACAGAAAGAAGCUACAACUGAACGUAUCUGCUGCAAAGAGGAAUACGAAGAAUGUACCAGCAAUCAAGCUAAACAAUUCGUCUCUCAGUACCUUGCGUAAUACAAAGUGGCAUACUUUGUCGUCCUUCAGAGAUUCGAGUUACCGAACGCGAAACGAAGAGGAAUAUUUCAUCUACGAAACGUACGGGUUGGACCCCUUCGCGCCGUCUACAACGGAGGAUCCGUUCAUUAAAAAUACAAUGCACUUUGACGAACCGUGGCUGCUGCAGCAAGAGUUGGCCUUCACAAAGUGGUUGAAUGCUCUGCUAUCCUCGCCGGAAGAUUUAUCUGUGGACAUUGAAACCGCCGUGACGGACGUCGGCAAGGUAUGGCAAACGUGCAAAGCGCAAAAGAACACCGUAUUGGCUGAAACCAAGGAGGCUGUAUCUGCUAGAUAUCACACGAAUACGAGAUUAAACACAUUACGAAAAGCCGCGAAUGCCAUGUUCAAACGGGACGAAGUUACGCAAGUGCUCUCACGUACCAACAUGUGCAUCGUCAAAGGGACUUUGUGUAUUAGAUCGGAUCGUAAUCUUAAUCGUGAUAUUGGUUUGCAGAAGCUCAUAUUAGGCUUGUUCCUGAGCUACAAUCCUCUGUGGCUACGUAUCGGCUUGGAAACCGUAUACAGCGAGAGCAUUCCGCUACGCUCGAACAACGACAUCAUUGGCCUGACUCGCUUCUUACUGACGAGAUUCUUUUCGGAUCCGCGACUGAUGAAAAUGCCCGGCUACCACAAAACCGAUCCGAGCCAGAAGUUCGUCACGCAGCUGAAUCAGUUUAUUCUGAGAAAAUUCCUGUUUCUCGUGUACUUUCUGGAUUACGCCAAACAGCACAAGCUGAUCGGCCACGAUCCGUGCCUGUUCCACAAGCGCGCCGAGUACAAGGAGAGCCGCGAGAUCCUGCUGAGCUUUUCGCGCGAGCUCCUGAGCGGCAUCGGCGACGUGACCAGGAUACUGCGCGGCCACGACUACGUGCUCACCUAUCGGCAGACCCACAUCGAGGAGUACGAUUACGCGGUGGUGAAUAUACGGCACGAUCUACGCGACGGCGUGAGGCUGUGUCGCGCGAUGGAGCUCAUCACCGGGGCCCGAGGCUUGACCCAACGUUGCCGGGUGCCGGCGAUAUCGCGUCUGCAGAAGGUGCACAACGUGGACGUAGCGUUGGGCGCCUUGCGUCAGGCCGGCUACGCCCUCGAGGGCAACAUCGACGCAAAGUGCAUCGCCGACGGCCACUGCGAGAAGACUCUGUCGCUUCUCUGGCAGAUCGUCCACAGGUACCAGGCGCCGCGGUUCGAUCGGGCGGCACGCGUCAUCCAGAGAUGGUGGCGGGCGCAACUUUGGUACGUUUGCGUGAGGAACUACCUGCGCGCACGAAGAGACUUGGCCGCGAUCGUGAUCCAACGUGCGUGGAGGCGCAAAACAACGCAGCUCUCGCGCUCGAUCGAGAUUGACUGCAAUCUUGAUGAACGCAAGGAAUUCUUGGUCAUCAGAACGGCCGCGAUAAACCUUCAGAGAUGGUGGAGGCAGGUGCGAGGAAGUGCGAAGGUGCAAGAGUUAAGGAGGAAACGCAAAGCCGCGAUCGCGUUGCAGAGGAGAUGGAGAGCUACGUUGCUGAUGCGGACGCAACGGAGUCGCUAUCUCAGUCUGAGGAAUGCCGCGUUGACGAUUCAAACGCGUUGGCGAGCGACGCGAGCGAUGAAACUGCAACGUUCCAAAUAUCUCGCGUGCAGAGAUGCCGUCGUAAAAAUACAAUCCUUGUGGAGAUCUGUGGAAAUCAUGCGGCGACAGCGCGAAUGGUUUCUUCACCGCAGAGAGAGCUCUCGUGUAAUCCAGGCUUGGUGGAGGCAGCAUCUGUUGGUGCGAAAAGCGCGCAACGACUUCCUGCUGACGAGAGCCGCCGCGCGUACCAUUGAGACGUGGUGGCUGAGCGUGAUCGACAGGAAGAGGUUCCUCGUCUACCGCAAGAGUGCCGUUCUCAUUCAGAGAACGUGGAGAAAACACCGAGCGCACAAGCGGGAGGUCGCCUGCCUGAAGAUACAAGCGUGGUGGAGAGCGGCGACGUGCUCGCGCAGAUACAGACUUCGGAAGACUUGCUGUCUGAAGUUGCAACGUUGGUGGCGCGGGAUCGUGCUUGCGAGACGCCAACGCUCGGGCUUUCUACAGCUGCGGGAAGCGGCGUGUGUUGUGCAGAAGAACUGGCGGGCGAGGACGGUCAGGAGAGAUUAUUUGAAGCAGCGGCGAGCGGCCGUACUGAUACAAUCCUGGUACCGCCGUACUCAUUCAGCGAGGAUCGUCCGACGACGUUACUUGAAGACGCGAAGGGCCGCGACACGAAUACAGAAUUGGUGGCGCAACGUUACGGUGGCUCGCGAGGAACGGCGAGGAUACCUGCGACUUCGCGGGAGCGCCAUUCUCCUGCAGAUUCACUGGCGCCGACGUGUCCUAGCACGCGGGGAUCGCCAGCGGUACCUGACCACGAGGAGGGCGUGCAUCACUCUGCAAUCCUGGUGGCGAAUGGUCAGAGCGCGGCGCGAGUACGAACGGUGCCGGAGCCAUGUGUUGAUGAUUCAGAGAAAGUGGCGCGCGAAGAGAGCCGCGCGCGUCGCGAGGAGAGAGCACCUGCUGACUCGCGCGGCUGUCGUCGUGCAAGCACGCUGGAGAGCUCGGGUGGCGAGGAAACGAUUCGUCGCUAUGCAGCAAGCCGCGAUAGUCAUUCAGUCAUAUUACAGAAUGAAAAUCGCAACGCAGAGAUACGCGUUGAUGAAGUACGCCGCGUUGAUCAUCCAGGCCUACUGGCGAGCCUACGCUGCCGGUAGACGAGAGAGGCUGCGUUAUCUGACUAUGCACCAGGCAGCGAUCACGUUGCAGCGUCGUUACAGGCAGAUGAGACUGGCACGCGACGAGAAAUGCCGGCUGUACGAAGUCGCUCUGAUCGCCACGAAGAUUCGAAGAGACGAAUGCGGUGAGGAGGCUAAUCAGAAGGAUCAGGACGUUAUUACGAAACUCGCGGCUUCGGGCAGCGACGACUGGCAACUGAGGAUUAGCGCGUUGCGCAGCUGCAGCAGCGUCGGGUCGCUGCUCACUUGUUUGAACAGCUUAGAUGCCUUAACAAAACUGUCACCCAUCGAAUGCGUGAUCUUCUGCGAGUUGAAUUUGGCCGAUGAAGUCUACAAUACGAUAGCGCAGAGCAACAGAUCGCUGCCGUGGAUGAAGGUCUGUCUGCAAGCGUGCAACAUUCUGAUCACCAUGGCUCAGUACUCCUACACGAAAAAGUAUGUCCUCAAGAAAGAGUAUGCAUUGCCAUUGGUGCAGCUACUGAGUGGAUCGUUGAAACACAAGGAGGUAUUUCUGCAUUGUGCCACUGUAAUAUGGCUGCUUGUCCAGGAUGAAGAUUACGCGAAGACUAUGGCAAUGUGUCCGCAAAUAAAUUGGCUAAUGAAAAAUAUUCAACAAAGAGUCUUGAAGGACGCUGCAAUGGCGAAACUUCAAAAAUUUAAGGACUGGGAGAAAUAUUGUGAACCUGAUCGAAAAAAUGUACAAAAACGUACACAAAGCCUGUUCACGGAUAUGAGUGUUGCCGUUGCAGCUAUUACUAAAAAAAUUUCCACGUGAUAAGAUACGCCUUCUCGUCAUUGAACUGCUCGUCUUCGGAACGAUCCGUGUGGAAGCGCGUCAGGAACUCGAUCAGCUUCUCCUGAUUGC